AUGGAAAACACGGCAUCUAUCGUCCGAGAGCCCUCAUUGGACGAUUCGGUACCCGCCCCGAAGCGCCGGAAGCUCCGCAAGGGCACGCAGAGCUGCUGGGAGUGCAAGCGACGAAAGGCCCGGUGCACCUUUUCGGCUGCCACCAAGGACGUCUGUGAAGGCUGCAAUCGCCGUGGGACUGAAUGUGUUAGCCAAGAGUCGACCGAUGAGCCGCCUCCUCCUGGGAGCAAGAAGGGACUCGUCGAUAGGCUGGGCCAGGUUGAGGCUUUGGUUGGGCAGCUUCUCAAGGCUGCCCGUCGAGACGAUUUGGUCUCGCCGGCGAUAUCAGAACCACGACGGCGGAAUUACAGAGAUAGGUCAAGUCGGUCACAGUCACCAGAAAUUCGAGAUGCCCAAGAAGAGGUUACUUCGCACCCAGGAUCUACGUCGACGACAAACUCUCUCCACACCACUGUUGAUAGCGACCAGGAUUCAUCAACAGUAUCACAUCAUGAUAAUUUACGCCGAGGCCUCCUGGAAGCCUGGCCGAACCCACAGGACCUGGAUGCCAUUCUCAAGCUUCCAAUAGCAACUUCAUCUAUUAUUUGUGCGGUUACGUGCACACAUCUAUCUCAAACAAGCGGCUCGCCGCCAUCAUCAAAGACAUUGCUACAGCUGCCCCCAUCAGGAUCGCACCCAACCUUGGUCGCCCGGAAACUAUUGAUACUGGCGACAUUUCUUCAGGGCAUGCCCUCAUCUUCUACACAGCACCUUGACAAUCCCAGUACCAAAUACUACGGACUCAUGUCGCGGCUCGUCAAAACCGCCCAUAACUUGGUGACUUGCAAUGACGAGCUUGUCACUUCGCUGGAAGGCCUCGAAUGCAUUCUUCUCGAGGCCCUUUUCGAAAACUACUCGGGAAAUCUUCGUCGCUCAUGGCUUGCUGCGCGUCGAGCAGUCGCAAUUGCUCAGAUGAUGGGCUUGAACCGAGGAGUUGAGCCGUCUUCCCUCGACGGUGCUAGCGUUAAGCCUGAUGAUAUGUGGUCUCUCCUCAUCCAAUUCGACCGAUAUCUUUGUUUGAUGCUUGGUCUCCCUCAGAGCUCAUUUGACGACUCUUACGCUGAGGCCGAGGCCCUCGAUUCCUGCAUCCCAUGGGAGCGGAUGCAUCGUCUCUGCACCGUUGCAUGCGGACGUAUUCUACGACGAAACUUUUCAGACAUGUGUGACAAAAAGAGUGUUGAAGAAAUUGGAAAGAUUCUACAAGAAGCUUCUACAACGAUGCCCGCCCAAUACUGGGUAGCGCCAACCAUACCUACUGCUGCCGGCCACAUGGAGAGGAUCCGCGAGACGCUUCGUUUUAACGAUCACUUCAUGUACUAUCACCUUUUGCUACAAGUGCAUUUACCGUUUUUACUGCGAUCGGGUGUUGAGCCUGGAUACGAGUAUAAUAGGAUGACGGCCGUCACGGCAAGUCGUGAGAUUCUGUGCAGGUUCGCUCCUUUCCGGGAGUUCAGAUCUGCAAGCUACUACUGUCGAGGUGUAGACCUGUUGGUCUUCACCUCUAGCGCGGCCCUAUGUUUGGCACACAUCACUGACCAGCGCAACCGAGACUCUGAGAAUGCAGGUUUUCACUUCCUGGCACACCAGAGACUGAGUGACCGUGGCGUGCUGGAACAGAUCCUUGGGUACAUGCAAGAGGUGGUGCACCAGAAUGAUGACCCCAUCGCAAAAAGGGUGGUGACUCUGCUUCGACACCUCCUCGCGAUCGAGGAAGAUGCAGCAUCUGGAGGCAGGUACAAUGUCACUCUGGUUACUGAACCCAAGAAGGAAGAAGACCUCGGGUGCAGAGUCAAGCUGAGCGACGACGACACCAUAAUGGAUAUCUAUAUCCCUCAUUUCUGCGUCAUCAGAAUAGAGCCCCAAAGUUCCGAAAAGGGGCCACAGACAACUCUCACCCAAACGGCUGCGAGAGACAGCCGACCAGCUACUACGACGACGGAUGUUUGGCGAGAUCUAUCACUUGUUCAACCUUCUCCUUUACCUGUAAACGAAAAUGAAGACAAGGCACAGAGUACUGAGGAGCUCCCUGUGCUUGAGCAAGAGUCCAUCAUAGACUGGGAGUUUGGUAACUUGGAUAUGUCUUUUCUGGAUAACUUUGCCGAGGGGGUUGUGGGAUUAGAGACUUGA